CCAGCAUGGAGCAAUCACCGUUAACACAACAAUCACGCCCUGAGACUUUUGAACCAAAGGUCGCACAACUUUACCGUCAACUGUUCAAGACAAAGAGUCUGAGAAGUCUGCUAAUAAAUUGGGCANNGGAUCGUAACGAAGAUGAAAAGCCAGAAGGCUACUGGCGAGAGUUUUUUCUUCUAAAGCCAGAUAAUGCACGAUUUGGACAAUUACUGGAUGACCUUGAAGCCAUUGAUCUACUACACGCUUCGCAUCAUUGUGAACAAUUUGUCUCCCACGCCAUUACGUAUGCCAAAUCGGGAACAUCACCGUCAGAUGAGAAUGCUCUUGAUGUAUGUGAUAUCUCUGACUUCCACGGCCACCUCAACUUACGAAACAGNAAUCUGACAGUAUUUCUCUCCAAAGUGUUCUCGAAGAGAUACACGAAUCCCAGCUCGGAUAUCAUUGAAGUGCUAGCCGGACUCGAUAACGUCGAUACCGUUUUCAACGACCUUGUAUCGGUGCUUGACACAACAAUAAGUUCUGGAAAGACAGUUCGUAUACAGAAAAAGGCCGUCCAAGUGGCUCUUUGUGUAGCCUCAGGNGCCUUCCACACUGGACUACUCACAUACUUUACGCAGCGCGACUUCUUCCCUUCUCUGAUGAGGGUGAAUCCUUUGGACGCCGCACAACCACUUCUCCUAGCAGGACUCCUAGCAAACUAUAACAGGUUCGAGACUUACAAUCCCUAUCAUGCUCGGUUUGCCGAUUUUGUCAACCACGAAACGAUUGUUCAAAUCUGCAAGUCGAUAGAAAGCACUUGUGCCUUCCUAAGAGAUCAAUAUGUCGCCAUUCAGGACGAUAUCCCUGAAGCUUGGAGUAUCGGUGGCACUCUGAAUUACAUUGGUCUUGGAGCUCUUGCUGGUGCAAAGCCUGCAGUGCCCGCACCAACUGAGGACGAGAUGAAGGCAAAAUUUGCUGAACAACCGCAACCACAAGCAGGAACACUGCUCACAAUAUACGACUUUGUCGUUGCCAACAAAGCUUUCAGUGCAGACUUUGUCCGUGCAAACAUUGUGGACAAAACACAAAGCUCACCCAUAGCUCAAUAUCUCUCCUUCUGCUCAUAUCUAUACCAGCACGCCUACCGAUCACAACGGGCAACGCAAUAUGCGCACCUCACCUUGUUCACAAUUCAGAACUUGGUCGAGGAUCUCGAUAUCGUGAGGAAGUUGUGCGAGACCACAGUACCAGUACGGUUGAGUCGUCAACGACCACCUCAGCUACCUAUGGUUACUGCAGACCGUACGCUUGCUGCAAACAUGAUCGAUAUUAUGGUUGACAGUAUCAACCAUAAUCUAAGGAAGAAGUUGGACGUAGAGCUGUACAUGCUCAACGUUGGUAUUCUGUUACGUCUCAUCACAUUCCUCGGCAAAGCGAGGAUACGUCUAACAUAUCACUGGCCGGAGCUCUGGCGUUCACUCCUAUCUUUUGUCCGCUUCCUCACUGUCUACGCUGACGACCUACGCUCUCUCUAUCGCAUAGACGUUUUGAUCCAUACCCUGGUCAACCUCCUAUCGCUCUCUUUGACCAAUGGUGAGACUUUCCUCCCUGAUACAGCUAGCUACGACGACAUCUCCUACAAGCUUGUUGAAUUUGGACCUUCACUGCUCUCCUUCCGCGACGCCUAUGCUUUACAACAAGGUGAAACAGCAGCUGCGAUGAACAUCUUGGUGCAUGUGUCCAAGCACUACAGUGAUUUGAUCGCAAGCCAAAAAGGCAAAAUCAAGAAUCUGAGUCCUAGGGAGGUGCAGAAGAUUAUCAAGGAUGGGUAUGAGACGCUGAGUAUCGAAGCCAAGGAGGGACUGGAUCAUUGGGAUAUGUAUAGAGAGGCGGAGCACAAGGCGCAGUUGAAGAGGAUAGCGAGGACGGCUUGUAAUGAUGCUAGGGCGUUGAUGGAA